ACGUUCGGCAACGUUGUGCCUCCUCCGUAAGCGGAGGAAUGCCCAUAUUGGACGGUGCGAGAUCAAAAUUAACUUGUUAAUGAAGCAGUAUUACGUUGCGUUUCUCUAUGUACUACAUGCAUACGUGAUUACCGUACUUUAAUUUAUACGUCACAUACGUGGAAACAUGUCCUCUUCAGGAGAAAUGACAACGUCUAAGUGGGUGACGUUUUUCCGGGACUCCGGAUUACCGUCUGAAGUGGCUGUGAACUACGCUAUCAUAUUCGCCGACAACCGCAUUCAGAAGGGCAUGCUGCUGGAUCUGACGAAGGAAUACCUGUUCGACAUGGGAAUUCAUGUUAUGGGAGAUGUCAUCGCGAUCCUCAAGCACGCGAAGCAAGUUCAUAGCCAGGAGGCACAGGCUAAAGCGAUGAAAAGCGACAAGAGUUCUCCUUCAUCGAAUGCAGCGAGUCGCAUCCUGAGUCGCUACACUCGUAGAGUUGAGCAGCCUUCGCCUUCGUUGCCGUACAGGUCAACAUUCGAGGACGUUGGGAGAAACGAACCUGCUCGCCCCGCGAAGCGUCAUGCGGUGGACAACGGCGACGUCAGGUUCAAGCAGCCAGCUCUUCAGCGCAUUCAGCCGGCAGAACGUCGGCUUCCCGCACAGCAGUACAACGUUCAGGAGAGCGUUCCGAGGUACUCUGUCAGCCUACCAAAGAGUCAGCCGGUCGUUCAGCCAGCCAUGAUGGAACAGGAGGAAGGACCUACGCUGAAGGUUGUGCUUCCGGCAGGAAAGACGGCACGCUCGAGGCAGAUACUCGAGAGGGCUUACGGACCAGGCGGCACAGCGUCAGCCACGAAAAGGUCGGUGUUCGACCGUUUGGGGGAAAGCGCCGUAAGCAGUACCACAGAUGUCACAACCCACGCCAAGCAACAGCAAAGCACGGUAUUUCAACGGCUAGGCCCCAGCACGGACGCUUGCGGAAGCGAGCCAUCCGACGACGCGCUUCCCUAUCGCGGAGUUUUGAAAGCUCCAGCGAAAGCGAAUCCCCAGCCCACGGGCAAGGUCAUCCGUCUAACCAAAGCACCCACUUCAACUCCCGCGAGGACGCUAACGGUACGCAAGUCCGCGAUACAACCGGAACGGUUUGCUUCCGGCGGAAAGACCAGUAUGAGGGUUACAAUACGACAGAGGGAGUCGCCUGGAUCUUUCCUGUUACGGAAAUCUAUCUCGGAAGCAACGUCUAGCAACCAGGGGUUAGUUCGAACCAAUCGCCUUACGCAGCCCGUUAGAGCUGCGGGGCAGAGCGUCAAGAACCGCCUGGGAGCCACCGCACAGACCAAGGCUACCAUCGGCACGGUGAAGACUAGGUUGAACGCAAACACGGCCGGCACUCGCAUCCGCCUCCAGGGGGCCAGGCCGGGCAAUCGGACUGUGCUUUGUGGGAGUGGUGGUGCACGGAACACGGUCUUCGCACGCCUGGGAAACUAGUUUUUUGGGGGGGUGAUUUCGUUUCACACGCAUUUUCGUCUCGCAGCGAUCUUUUUUUAGUCAUCUUUCCUCAUCUACAGCAGAGCCGCAAGCUCACCGUAAAGAGUUACGGUUCCUUUUCACGACUCAUUGUACACCAGAGUGUUCCGCUAUAAAGUAAAUGUUUGA